GAAGAAGAAGAACAAGAGGAAGAGGAAGAAGAGCUGGAGGAAGAGGUGGAGGAAGAAGAGGUGGAGGAAGAGGAGGAAGAAGUGGAGGAAGAAAGAGCAAAGGAGGAAGAAAAAGCAGAGAAGGAAGAGAGAGCAGGGAAGGAAGAGAGAGCAAAGGAAGAGGAAGCAAAGAGAGACAAAUGUCAUCCCGGGGUUCGUGAGACGCCGAAACCAAAGCAAGCCGAACCCACAACACCCCAUCCCUCCUUCAUCCGGCCCCUGGGAAACGGCCGGGGACGCCCUCCGGUCAAGGACAAAGUGCUCGGUGAAUGCCUGGCGGUGGAUGGGACAUUUCGCUCGGUGACCGGAGGCCUGCGAUGUGUGGAGAUCCUGUGA